UGAAGAAAAUGUUUAUUUCUAUUCAAAAAAUAAAGAUGCGAUGUUUUUCAAAUUUGAAUUAAAUUCGUCUUCCCCAUAUUUUAAUUGUAGAUUACAACAACAACAAACUCCUAGUAAUAAUGAAGAAACAAGUUCGAAUAUUAAUAAUAAUAGAGAAGCUGAAAAUCAAAAUAACAAAGCGUUCAAUUAUUAUAUAACGGUUAUCAACAACAUUGAUUCAUUUGACGAAAAUUGCCAAGAAAAUUUUACCGCAUUAGACAAUAUGCAAGUUUCUACUGCAAAAAUUAAUGUUGAGGAUACUUUUCUUUUUAUUAUAAAAUAUAAUGAAAAACAAAAUGAAAGUUGUGAAGAACGUGCUAAAAAUUUAAAACAUUGGUUUACUGCUAGUCUUGGGUCAAAUUUUUUUGACGUUAAACCAAAAUAUAUAGAUUUAAUGUUAUCCACAAAAUUAAAACAACCAUUUUACACAACAACACUCGAUUUUUCUGCUAGAGAGAAACUUGAACUUUACCGUUUACCUCUUGGAGCAGAAAAUUUAACACAUCCAGACUCGCCAUAUUUAAUAUUUCGAACUAAUGAUCAUGGACUUUCAAGAAUAUUUGUUCGGUGUUCACUUAAAAACAUUUCUUCUAUUACUACUAUUCAUGAACGGUUUUCUCAAAUUGACGAAUCUACACUUUUACAAAACAAAAUAUUUGAACUUUUGGAUGGUGCUUGUGGUGAAAUUCGAGUUUCUUGUGCUGCUGAUAAAUCUAGAAGUACAUUUGAUUGCAAUCAUGUCUUUAUUCGAUUGGAAUAUGAUACAGAAAUUGGAAAAAGGAAUACAGAUUAUUGGCCUAGAUCUAUUGAGGAAGCAAUUAAACGUUGUGAAAAAUAUUUGAUAAAACACAGAAUUACUGAAGUUGAAGUGAAUUAUGAACAGUUACGUCCUUCAACAACCAACACAAAUUCUAACAACAUCAUAGAAUCACAACAACAAUUUGAAACUAUCAGAAUUGUUUAUAUGAAUGAAACUGGUGCAAUUCCGGAAAUUUGUGUUUAUCGAGUAAACGAAGACAGAAAAUUAAUUCCAAUAGAAAGUGGAGGUCAUGCACGUUUAGCAGGAAAAAGUUCAGCAACUCCACAUCAUACAAUACAACAAGUUAAUGUACAGAAAAAAAGAUACCAAGCAAAUAAAUUGGGAACUACUUAUGUUUAUGAUAUGCCUAUAAUGUUUGGAAAGGCUGCUUUUGAUGAAUGGACAUUUUUUAAACGUUCUGAUCCAAAAUCUUAUUCUGCGGCAUUUGAAAUGUUGCCCAGUGAACAACAACUGGCUAUUAAUAAUUCGGAUGUUAGAAAAUUGGCUAAAGUUUUUGAAAUGAUUUUAACCUCUGACGAUCCAAAUGCCCAACUAAACAUUAUUCGAAGUGAGGAAGAAUUAAAUAGAAGAAUGUCUUCUGGCUGUAAUGACCGUGGAAUGAUUGCUUGGGAAAUGCAAAUUUGGACACCAGAUUCUCCUCAUGGCCGUUCAAUUGUUUUAAUUUCAAAUGAUAUUACUUUUCAAAUGGGGUCGUUUUCUAUGAGAGAACAUCGGUUAUAUCAAAAAGCAAGUGAAUAUAGCCGUAUUAAUAAAAUGCCUCGUGUUUAUAUUGCUGCAAAUUCUGGUGCAAGAAUUGGAUUUGCUUCAGAUAUAAAAAAUCAUUUAAAUAUUGUAUGGAAUGAUGAUGAUAGACCUGAAGAUGGAUUUAAAUAUUUAACUUUGGUCCCUAAAGUUGAAAAUUCUGAAAUUCUUUCACAGAUUGAGUCAACUCUAUUAAACAACGGCAACAGACGUAUUGACGCAAUUAUUGGAAAAGAGGGAGAUAUCGGUGUUGAAAACUUGGUCGGUUCCGGUUUAAUUGCAGCGGAAACAAGUGCUGCAUAUCGCAAAGUUCCAACUUAUUGCUUGGUUUCUGGACGUGCAGUCGGUAUUGGAGCUUAUGUUGCUCGUCUUUCUCAUCGCAUUUGUCAAGUCGAAAAUUCUCAUAUAAUUCUUACUGGUGCAGCUGCAUUAAAUUCUGUUUUGGGUAGAGAAGUGUAUACAUCAAAUAAUCAACUUGGUGGACCACAGAUAAUGUACCAUAACGGUGUAACACAUUCUGUCGCCCAUGAUGAUAUGGAUGGAAUAAAAAAGAUUCUUCAUUGGAUAACUUAUCUUCCUCCUCCCUCAACAACAAUGUUAUUACCUUCUCCAACAACAACACAACCAACAUUACCACCUUUAUCAAUGUUAAAAGAUGACAAAGCAAGAAUGGUUCAUACCCAACCAACAAAAAGUGCUUAUGAUCCACGUUUAAUGUUAGAUCCUCCAGAUGGUGGUGGACUUUUCGAUAAGGGGACAUUUGAUGAAAUUAUGAGUGGAUGGGCAAAAACAAUAAUUGCUGGGAGAGCUCGUUUAAGAGGACUUGCUGUUGGUGUUUUAGCUGUAGAAACACGAACGGUGGAAUGUGAAAUACCUGCUGAUCCAGCUACGCAAGAUUCUCAGGCUAAAUGUGUGCUGCAAGCUGGUCAAGUAUGGCAUACUGAUUCGGCAUUUAAGACAGCAGAAGCAAUAAACGAUUUCAAUCAUGAAGGACUUCCUUUAAUCAUAUUAGCAAAUAUUCGAGGAUUUAGUGGUGGACAAAAAGAUAUGUUUGAAAUGGUACUAAAAUUUGGUGCUUGGAUAGUUGAUGCUUUACAAACAUAUACCCAACCAGUAAUAAUUUAUUUGCCUCCCUUUGGCGAACUUCGUGGUGGUGCUUGGGCAGUAUUAGAUACACAAAUAAACCCAACAUGUAUAACAAUGUUAGCAGAUUCUAAUAGCCGUGGAGGUGUUUUAGAAGCAAAUGGGAUAGUUGAAAUAAAAUUUAGAGAGAAAGAUUUGUGUGUUUUACUUGGAAAAUGUGAUGAAAAAACGAAAAAAUUGGAAGAAGAAAUGGCUAAAAAUAAUAAAAAUAAAAUUGAUGAAGAAAAGAAAAAAGAAUUGCAACAAGAAUAUGAGAAACGUAAAGAAAAACUUUUACCUGUAUGUAGAGCUGCUGCAGUUAAAUUUGCUGAUUUGCAUGAUACUACUGCUAGAAUGCUUGCUAAAGGGGCUAUACAUGACGAAGUAGCUUGGCAAAAUACUCGAAAUUAUUUUUACAAUUUACUCUGUGUACAAUCAAUUAAAAUGGAGAUGGCUAAAAAUUAUUUAUCUGCUUGUUCAAUUUCAACAACAAAUUUGUCUUCGUUUACAAUAGACGAGUUAGAAAAAGGGUGUAAAUGGGUAGAUAAACAUUUGGCUGAAACUUCAAUUUUAAUAAGAAGAGAAAUAAAUUUAAAAGAGAAGCCGUCAAUGGAUUAUUCUAAACGAACACGUUUUGAAUAUUUUUUUGAACAAAUUAUGGAAUAUUCUAAUGGAAAAGAAUUUUUACAAGUAUUGGAACAAAUUAAGGCAGAUACACUUUUAAAGCAACUUAAAUUAGUUACUGGUAAUUUAGAGCAGAGAGAACGCUUUGUAGCAGCAUUAUUAGAGAGGGAUUGA